CAAAGGCGGUGGGGGCGUGGCCAGGCUCGGCGGCCGGGCCCGCCCCGAGUUCCGGAGCCCUCUUACCCCUGACUGGUCAGCUUAGCGGAGGAUGGCUCAGGAGAAGGGUAGGAACCUGUCCGAGGUACAGGCCCGGAUCGGGGCCUCCCACAACAUCAACGACCUGGACCGCAAGCUCCAGUUCUAUGGCCGCUGGGCUCCAGAUUACGACCAGGAUGUGGCUGCCCUGCAGUACCGAGCCCCCAGGCUUGCUGUGGACUGUCUCACCCAAGCCCUUCCAGGCCCACCCCAUGCUGCCCUGAUCCUGGACGUUGCCUGUGGCACCGGCCUUGUAGCUGCAGAGCUGCAGGCUCGGGGCUUCCUCCAGCUGCAUGGAGUGGAUGGGAGCCCAGAGAUGCUGAAACAGGCCCAGGCCUGCGGCCUCUACCAGCACCUCAGCCUCUGUACACUGGGUCAGGAGCCUCUGCCCAGCCCCGAAGGGACCUUUGACGCAGUGCUGAUAGUGGGUGCCCUCAGUGAUGGCCAGGUGCCCUGCAGUGCCAUACCUGAGCUCCUGCGUGUCGCCAAGCCAGGUGGGCUGGUGUGCCUGACCACCAGGGCCAACCCAUCCAACCUGCAGUACAAGGAGGCACUGGAGGCCACCCUGGACAAGCUAGAGCAGGCUGGGGCCUGGAAACGCCUGUGGCCCAGACUGUUGACCACUGGGAGCUGGCCACCUCUCCUCUUGAGGUGGCACCCGGCGCCAAGGAUGGCUUCAUCUCGGGCAUCAUCUACUUGUACCAAAAGCAGAGGUCUCCCUGAUGGAGGGAGUGAGGCCCGGUCACAGCUCCUAGCUGGCCUCUGAGCUUCCAAGUGACCUUAGCCAGGCCCAUCUUCUGGCCCUCUUUGCUCCAUCUGUAAAAUGGGACCAUUGUAUCAAACCUGCCCCUUAAGAAUGUUCUGCCUAUUAAAUGAACUCCCAGAAGUAACAAAAAGACUCGUGGUUCUGUAGUUACCUGCCCCAGGAGAGAGGGACCUCGGUUCCUGGGUUUCAGAACCACAGACCUUUUGCAUUCUACCCAGUAGGCCAAUCCUACUAUUAGGGUGUCCAAAUACGAGGAGGCAGAGCCUCUGGACUUGUCUGCCUCCCCGGGGCAAGGUGUAGGGAUGUUGAUGGAAUGAGGGAAAGAAAAAGAGGUGUGAGCUGCCAGGCAAGGGGACUGUUGGGGAGGCAAGUGGUGUCGUUGGUGGUCUUCACGUGUCUAAUCAGAUGUCAGGGUUCUGUUGCUGUUUUGAAGGACUCGGGGUUGAACCCAGGGGUGCUCUACCACGGAGCCACGUCCACAGCACUUUCUAUUUUUUUAUAGAAAGACAGGGUCUCCCUACGUUGAGGAGGCUAGCCUUGACCUUUGAUCCUCUGCCUCAGCUUCCUGAGCACCUGAGAUGACCACACCUGGUAGUCAGGAUUCUUGAUAAGACCUAAGUUCAGAAAACAAAACAAAAUGGCAGCUUUAACGUGACCCAAGGGUGGAGUUUUGGCACUCUGAUGUCAAAAGGUCCCCUUGUAC